AUGAACGACACAGACUACCUCUUGCGUCCUUGGGCACACCGCACGUCCUCUUAUGACUAUGAGGACAACAAUGACAACACCACGGCGAUACCACAGCACCUCCUUGUCGCCUACCUCUUCACCUUUGUCCUCCUUUUACCCAAGAUCGUUUCCACAUACAACCGACACACAACCAAGGCCCGGUCCUCGCCAGACACCUCGACCCUGCCGCAUGUGUCCUCCACGAUCCCCUUCAUCGGCCACGCCCUACAGCUGAAGCGCAACGGCGGCCACUACGUGCGGGACCUCAUCCUGCAGAACCCUCGCCACUCUCUCUUCACCAUCGACCUCCUCAACAAGAAGCUCGUCGUGGUGAACCCGGCCCUGGACCGCGCCCUGGCCAAGCACUCGCGCGAGACCAGCCUCAUCCAGGUCGUGACACUCGUGGCCGCUCGCUCCCUGGGGCUCAGCGAAAAGGGAAUCCGCGUCUUCGCCGAGUACGACCCGCGGCCGCUUCACAACCAGGCCAUUGCCAGCACACAGAGCCACGACGAGCUGCUCGAGUCGGCAGCGAACUACAUCCACCACCGCCUUGGGGAGCAGCCGGCGUCGCAGGAAGUGCAACUCGGACGAUGGAUCUUCGACGCGGUCCUUGGCGCGACGGCGCACUCCUUUUGGGGGGCUGAGAACCCGUGGAACACGGACCGCGAGUUCAUGGACAACUUUAUUACCCUGAGUGACAGCUUUGAGGACCUGGUACGACCCGUGGCGUGGCUCACGGCUAAGCCCGUCUACGAGGCCCGCGAGCUGCUCGUCGCCAAGCUCAUGGCCUUUCACAAGGAGCACCGCGCCAGCCGGGUAUCGAGCACGGCGCACCGCAUCAACGCUAUCCGGAUGAACAGCGAGGACUGGGAGGCCAACCCGGACUACUACAAGUGCGAGCUGCUGCAGGCGCUGGGCCUGCUGCCGACGACGAGCACGCUCACGACAUGGCUCUUCCGGUACCUGCUCGUCAACCCGCAACUGCGGCGCAAGGUAGUCACCGAGGUGCGGCGGCUGGAGCGCGGCGCCGACGGCCGCCCCGACCUAUCCAACGUGCGGACGACGUGCCCUCACCUCGUGGCGGCGUGGUACGAGACACUGCGCCUCAGCAUGACCAUCGUCCCGCGCCUUGCGACCGAGGACUUUGAGGUGCCGGCGGUGGCGUCAGCAACCUCGGGUUCAGGAGCGCCAUCAGCACCAUCAGCAUCAGCUGACGCCGUGACGGUACGCAAAAACGACGUCCUCCUGCUACCGAUGCUGUCCUUCAACCUCGACCCCCAGACGUGGGGGCCCGACGCCGAGACGUUUCGGGCGGAGCGCUUCCUCAACAUCGACGAGACGGCGACGGGCCCGACAUGCUCACUGCGCGGGCCGCUGACGCAAAAGGUGCGCGGGUUCGGCGUGGCGGGCAACCUCUGCCCGGGCAAGAAGAUUGGCUUCGACACGGCCAUGGCGAUGGCGGCGACGCUGCUGCGCGACUUUGACAUCGAGGAGCUCGAGGACGAGCCGUUCCGGACGCCGACGCGGCUGCGGCGCACCAACGUCGGGUUCGACCGGCUGGGCGACGACGUGCGCGUGCGGCUGGUCCGAGCCGGUUGA